AGCUAGACGGUUGAGAAUUUUGCUAUUUACGAAAGCCUCUCACCAUGGAUAGUAAUCGGGGUGCAAUAUUUUUGAUUUGUUUAAUUGCUGCGGCUAACUGUACGCCUGUCAUGCAUAAGGAGAACAAGAGCACGUAUAAUAAUACGUGUUUAAGGAAAUUGGACUCAGUUAUAAAUAACCCAAUUAAGCAAGAAUCAGCGUAUGAAUGCUGUCCCGGAUAUGUUGGAACGAUUGACGAUUGCCAGCCCGUUUGCUCUGAGGAAUGUGGUACCAAUAAGUACUGCUCUGCUCCAGAGCACUGUGAAUGUCGAGAGGGCUAUAAGAUGUCGUCAAAUGGAGACUGUCAUCCGCCGUGUAAAGAAGGCUACGAAAUGCUGCCAACGGGUGAAUGUGCGUCUAGGACUGAAAGCAAGGAAAUCGAAGAGAACCCCGAUCAGAAUUGCUGUAAGGCAGAUCCCUGCUUGCCUGAGGAUCCGAAUUUAUGCACAAGGGAAGUGCCAUACACUGGCGAACAGCAACCGGAGUACUAUUCAUUAAAAGAAGAGUUUGAGAAAUUAAAUCUUACAUUUCCCAACAUUAUGUAUACCAAAAUUGAAAGAUAUUGCUGCGACGGUUACGGGAAGCAAGCCGACGAAGAGCUCUGCCAACCCGUGUGUCAGCCCAACUGUGGUGCAAAUAGCUACUGCAAGGAACCAAACAAAUGUGUGUGCCAGGACAACUACCACAUGGGAGUAGAGGGACAUUGUGUGGAGAAUUUUAAAGCUGAUGAUCUGCAUGUGUGCAGCAAAAAUGUGACCACAACUGAGCUAAAGAUCCACUGCUGUGAUGGCUAUGAACAAAAAGCGCUUGGCGAACUCUGCCUGCCCAAAUGCAGCCAAAGUUGUCGCCAUAACUGCCGCUGUGUACGACCUGAGGUGUGCGAAUGUGCAGAGGCUGACUCCCACUGUCUGUGUGAGGCAGGCUAUGCCAAGGGCAAAUCCGGACACUGCGAACCACCAUGUGCAGCGGGUUGUAUUGCGAACAGCCGCUGCCUUCCGUCCGGACUAUGUCAGUGCGUUGAGGGCUACACAAACAGCAGCGGCAGCUGCCAGCCCGAUUGUCUGGGGGCCAUGCCAGAGCACAGUAAGUGCGUACGUCCAGGCGAAUGGGAAUGCGAUUCGGGCUACAUCAAGCUUCGCGCUGCCAAUAAGCAGAGCUACACCUGUGAGCCGCAUUGUGAGCAGAGCUGCUCCACCUAUGGAAAAUGUGUGGCACCUAAUAUCUGCGAGUGCAAGCCUGGCUAUAAGCCCAUUAACCUUGGCGUAGACGGCGAGACCCAUGAAUUCAUUGAGAGCUGCAUACCAGAAACGUCUGCCGAUUCUUUUGCAUAUCCAUAUAGGCAACCCACAACUAAAGCUUCAGAUAAGCAAAUACUUUCGAAGAAAACUGAACAGAUAUCAUUUCGAACCGGAUCCGCUAGCUAGAAGACUAUGCACAUUCUUAUUGUCAAUAUAUUUUUAAAACCUGAUUAGCUUUUUGCAUUUUGUAUACCGAAUUUAAAUGCUUAGAACAGUUUGCUUGGCCAAUUUCAAUCUUUAUAAUAAAAUAAAUUUUUCAUAUUCCACUUGCUAGAAGACUUUC